UCUCUGUCCGAGGAGCAGACUCACUUCAGAGCAGCAGUUAUGAAUAUCUCCAGUCUAAUGUGACUCUCAUUUUGGAGUUGCAUUCAAACAGCUUCUCCAGUGCAUAAAUGGCAUCACCUCAUCUGCCUACACCAAGCAGAGACCCCUCCUUACAGGCCGAAGACCCUCCCAGCAUCAGCCCAGGGACUUCUGGGAUAUCAGGAGUGGAAAAUUACACUCAGCCUGAAAACUACUUCCAGCCAAUUAAUGAUAACGACCCCCUCAAUAGUGAAUAUGCUUCUAUAACAGCUGGUUCUCCGUCCACUAUCGGCCUUCAAAAUCCAGCACCUACUGAACAGCUGGCCUCUUCUCUUGCAGCACAGCAUGUCCCCUCCCCUGAUAUCACGCCACAGACCCCUUCUCUACAAACAUGUUCAAUGACUGUAACCCAGUCUCUACCAAACAUUACUACAUGUGCCCUCACCACUAAAAUCUCUUCAGUUGAUCCUUCGGAUCUUGGUGGUCUUUCAUCUUCUACCUCUUCUCCUACCUACUCUUUGCUUCUGCACACCAAAUCGGCCUCUAAAACACCUUCUCCCCAACUUCUCUUAGAAGCACUGAAUGCUGUCCCAUCUUCUCAUAUCGCUGAAACCCCAGUUCAGCUUGGCCAGAGUGCUGGGUACGCAUCGUCUUCAUGUUCAGAACAACUGCAUGAGAAUUCUGAGGUAACUUCUCAGCUGUCCCAUCAACAAAGGUCUACUUCACAACAGUUUGAUAGACCUUCUGAGGCAGACCAAGCAAGUGAUAUGAAUGCUAUACAGCAAGAUGCAAAGGAACUAGAAAAAUAUAUUAAACAGGACAGAAUGGAUUGCAUCUCAGCAGAUAAGCUGCUUCCAGGAGAUGAUAUUCUCAUACCCAGUAAUAUUUCUGAUCCAUCAUCCUCGUUCAAUGGUGGCAUCAACCCAAAAAUUCCUGUAGAGGAAAAUGAUAGUAGUAUCAAUACCCAGGAAUCCCUCAAAAGCAUCACUACACUUCCUGGUUUGUCAUCUGCUAAAGCAUCCCUUGAAAUGUUAUUGGUAUCUGAGAUGCCCCAACUGGUCUCCAAUGUUAGUAUAAAUCAGAUUCAGGUUGAGCACAAUCAACCUAACCCAUCAGAUCUAAAGCCACAUGUGCCACCAACAAUACCUGAAGCUAAAUCAGGAGGAUCAGCAGAUUACAUGCCUGUUUUAUACCUGCAAGUCACAAAAAAAGUGCAAGAGGAAACUCAGAAAGCCACUGAUUCUAACCUGUCUCGACAUCCAACUGUCUCCACAACCUCAGUCCCAAAGAAAUUAAGAUUUAGACCAUCAGAGCCUUCAGGAGCUGCAGCUCAUGUAUUGGAAAGUCUUAAAAAUGAGGAUGUCCAGAAUCUCCAUGGAGAACAAGGGCAUGAUGUAUUGGAUAGCAAUCAAAAGAACCCACCUGUGGUACGGGGUUCCACAACCGUAGAGCAGAGGAACUCUAAAAAAGUUUCAGCAACUUCAACAAAGAUCCAUCAGCCUAUAUCCCCUGGUCUGGAGACAAGAACACACUGGUCACCGCAGGAAGUGUCUAGAGCCCACUACAAUAGCUAUUAUGGAUCUAUCUAUCCCAAUUAUCAAAACACAGAUCAUCAAUUUUCAGACAAGUAUUCCAUGCAUUAUUCCAGAGCACAUCAUGCCUGGAUGGAUCUAAAUGGUCAUUGGCCACAAAUGGGAUCUGAAGCACAGCUUAACAACCAGAAAUAUCAAAAAGAGGAGCAGAAACAACUUGAGCAGUCCAGUUCAGAACACGUCCACAACUCAAAUCAGCUAACCUUAAGGCAAAAGAGAUCCAAAGACAGAUCUGCGAGGGUUGACCAGGGCAAAACGUCUCCAUACUGGUAUUAUAACUAUGGAGGAUGGGAUCCUCAAGGAUACUACUCCAGUGCCUACUACCAAGACUACUAUUAUCCUUAUGAUUAUGGAUACCGAGCAAAAGUCUCCACAAGCAACAGUCAACAAUGUAACACAAAGCCUGACAACUAUGACGACUGGUGGAAAUAUGACCCCCGUUAUGAUUCAACCUUUGACCGUGAUCAGUUUGCCCAAUACCAGCAGUCUUAUUGGGAUCAGUGUGACAGGCAAAGUAGCCACAGUGGCUACUCUACUCAGAGCAUGCCUAGCACACGCAGCCAGCAUAGUCGCAUCAGCUGGCAUUCAGAACAGAGCUGGGGAUAUCCAACCCUGCAGAACACUGACUAUCCACCUUAUGAUGUCAGCAUUCAGUCUCCAGCUCAUUCUGAGGAUCGUGGUCAGUUAGAGAAGGAAACCAGCAAUAAGGCCUUCAAUAUUUCUUGCUCUCCAAUGAGUCCUUCCAUCCCAGAGCAGUUCUCCUUCCCUCACUGUUGUGCACAAUUUGGGCCUGGUGGACAGCUCAUUCAGGUGCUCCCAAAUCUUCCUUCCGAGGGGAAGCCAGCGCUGGUGCAGAUCCACAGCACUGAGAUGCUGCUGCAAGGCUGCUGGGAUCAACCAGAACUUCAGGCUUUUCCUGGACCUCUCACAAAAGACGAGACCCCUAAGUCAGAGGUGCUGGAUUUUGUAAGAAAGAAGUACCAAGAAUGCCUACAGAAUAAUACUUUGGCAGAUAAAGAAGCAUCUUGCCUUAUAUGGGAGCUCCUGGAGUUAGUGUGCAAACAGAAUGGCAAACUGGUGGGAACUGAUAUAUCUCAGCUAUUGCUGAGAAAGCAGAGAUCCCCCGCCACAUCAGAGAAGGCUACUUCUGAUCUUAUUGAUUUUACAAAUGAAGCAAUCAGCAGAACUGCAUGUAAUGCAGAAUUAACCACUGAAGAUACUUUUUUGGCAAUUCCAAAAGAUACUGAAAGGGAUUUGCAGUGCCUCAGAGAGCUGCUCAUCUUUGGAAGGAAAAAGGAUGCGCUGGAGACAGCUAUAAGCAAAGGCUUGUGGGGACAUGCUUUCAUGCUUGCCAGUACAAUGGACAGCAGGGCUUAUUCUCAAGUAAUGAGCAAGUUCAUUGAUAGUUUACCAGAGAAUGAUGCGUUGAGGACCUUUUAUCAGCUUAUGUCAGGAAGGAUACCAUUAUCUGCAACUCAUUGUGGGAUUAAGGAGUGGGGAGACUGGUGCACCCACCUGGCCAUGGUUUUAUCAAAUCACACACGUUUCAAACUUCUACACAAAAAAACCAUAACAAGAAUGGGAGAUGCAUUAGCUUCCAAAGGAUGUUCUGAUGCAGCUAGAUUCUGUUAUGUGGUGGCUCAACUAGAUGUGGACACACAGAGUGACAAGUCAGACAUCUUUCUGUUUGGGUCCAGUAGUUUACCCCCUCUGGAUUUUGCCACCAAUGAAGCAAUCCAGCGUACUGAGCUGUUUGAAUAUGCUCUUUCUCUUGGCUGUGAUUCAGUUUCUCUUCCACACUUCCAGAUCUUCAAGUUCAUUUAUGCAUGCCGGUUAGCAGAAAGUGGGCUUUGCGCACAGGCCUUUCAGUACUGUGAAGUGAUCUCCAAAGCACUGCUAGCCUCAGUUUCGGGACAGUCUCUGACCCUAAUAAGCCAGCUCAUUGAGCUAUCUACAAAAAUGAGACACUUCGACCAACAGUUGAAAGACAUCCCAGAUCUUGAAUUAUCGUCUGAGCCAGAAUGGCUGAUCAACCUGCGGAGGCUUCAUGGCCAAAUUAUUGAGGAAUUGAACUUACCCAGUUCCAAGAAGCAGGACACAAACUGUCUUCCUCUGUUGGAGAAGGACCCCCAAGGUACCUCUCCAAAAAAAACAACCACAGCCUCAUAUAAAGUCUCCCUUCUGACUACGAAGAUGUCAAGCCAAGAGGAAGUCCUUCCCAAGGUUUGCCUGGUGCCCCCAGCACCACAAGACAUUCUUAAAAAGAGAGCCCUUCCAAAAUCAAGCCAAGUUCCUGACCCAGGUUGUUUUGAACUUGCCAACAAGGCUGUUCCACUGUCUACAUCUCCAAUUUCCCAAAAGCCUCCCCACCAUGCAGACUCAAACCUCCCACCAGUUGAGGAACCAGUUCAAGCACUGAAGCCACACACAGUGCCAGAGCCACAUCUUUACAUUUUGCCUUCCACUGCAGCACUGCUACCUGAGAAACUAGUUCACACAGAUGAUGCACGGCAUUUGUCAGAACAUCAGCCCAACGAAGCCAAAGAGUCAACACCUACUCUGGCUCUACCACUGCCUGCACCACUAUCUCUGCAUCCAACCACAGUGCAGUCAAAAUUCAGAGAAGACCUUCAACCACAAUCUCUCAACGAUGAUCCUACAGCUACACAGUUUCCAAUGGAGCCUCAUACAUUGUCUGCUGCAACAUUACCUUCCUCCACUUCAGUGGCAACAGAAUCAAAAUCUUUACCUCAAAUGCCCAUAAAUUGCCUUCUACAACAGUACCUUCCUCUACGACAGUGGCAACAGAAUCAGAGUUUUUGCCUCAAUUGA